GCUUAACAAAAUUGGCAUUUUUCCUCCUCAGGAAAUGUGCUGAGCUGCAAAGCCAGGCCAGGAAGGCAGCCAAGGCUGUGGAUGCUGCAGCAGCGAGCGACGUGGCCGGCUGUGGCUCAGCAGCAGGGACGCCAGGCAGCCCGGGUGCCUGUGGCUCGGAGCGAGAUGACUGUAAAACACCAUGGGGCUGUGCUGGGAGACAGCCGGGAAGAGUGACGCUGCCGGUUCUCAAACUCAGGCACAUCCUUUAGGUAUGGGGCUGAAGCGAUGUUGCGAUGGGCUCAGGUGCUGGGGCGAUGCGUGGAACAAACAAGUAAGAGCCAAGGGAUCAGGCAGUGGUGCAACCACAUCCUUCAGCUCACUUUCCAGCCAAAGUAUCUAAGCCAACACGAGCAUCCGUGCAAUGAGUUCUCCUGGUUUCCUUGAGCAAGAACAAGCGGCUGAGACAUUUUGCUGGGAGAACACAUGCCACUAAUAAGGCAGUAAAUAAAAUCCAUGUGCAAUGCUUUACAGUUCAGUUGUAAUUAACUCUGCACUGCCAAAAGAACUGAAGCCAGUACUGCACAUUAGUUGCACAUUAAUGUGAAUGUUCAUCCGCUCUCGGCUGGCUGGAUCUCUGGAGACUGUGGCUUUUAUUUCACUUCUGCGUAUGCCAAAACCACGGUGGCCCAGUGGGACCUGCAUGGAGCCAGCACUCUACAUGGAGCCGCUAUUCCUUCUAAAAGCCCAGCUAAAAUCCAGCAAGGCUGAAAGCAAAUCCUGGCAAGUUAACAUCCAUUUUCAACAGUGGAAGGAAGGAGGUAAGAGCGUGAAGGACUCUGGCCGCCCUCCAGGGGCUGUGCCUGUACACACAUCCCACGCCUCACAUCAAAUUCAGCCAGACUUAUGAUUAUGAGCCAGGUUGCUUUUUGUUGUGGAAGAGCAGCAAAGCUCCUGCCAGUGCUGCAGAGCCUCUGCUGGGAUCAGCGCCUCGCUCCAGCUCUCUCCCAGUGGUGACCCUGGCUCUGUGGGAGAUGUGGCCAUAAAGGUCGGAUCUUCCUCUAGGUACUAGAAAGCUCCCCUGCAAUGCCAGGGAAGGACAGAAAGGGCCACCUCAAUGCGCGGCGUGGCCUGUGACCUCUGAUGAGAGGAUGCUGUUCACAGGGAGCCUUUGGGAUGCACCACAGAGCGAAGCCAUGGUUUGUGUAGCCACAAGCAAUUUUUGGCACAUCAGUAAAUUUAGGAAGCACACAGACAACUCUGGCUGCAUCUGCUGGAACUCACUAUGCCCAUCGUUGGUCGCUUUCUGUAGUAUUUCCCUGCCUAACGAUAAACGUUGAUUAAGAAUGUCAGUGCUGUGCGAUUCCUUAGGUAGAUUUCUUACAGAAAGAAGCAGUGGUUGCAAAUUCUGAGCUGCCUCUGCCAAUUCCGGCUGUAUCUGGAAGAGGAGUGCAGGUCUUCAGUGGGAAGCCCGCUGUGGGUCUCAAGGGGAUUUCACAGAAUCAUGGAAUGGUUUUGGGUUGGAAGCGACCUCAAAGCCCAUCCAGUGCCACCCCUGCCAUGGGCAGGGACACCUCCCACUGGAUCAGGGGCUCCAAGCCCCAUCCAACCUGGCCUGGAACCCCUCCAGGGAUGGGGCAGCCACCACUGCUCUGGGCACCCUGGGCCAGGGCUUCCCCACUCUCACAGGAGAACAUUUCUCCCUGAGAGCUCAUCUCAAUCCCCCCUCUUUCAGCUGAAAACUGUCCCCCUUCUCCCACCCCUGCACUCCCUGAUCAACAGCCCCUCCCCACAUUUCCUACAGCCUCUUUCAGCACCGGAAGCUCCUCCGGUCCCUUCCAAGCUACGUGUGCGCAGAGCGCCCCGCUCAAGGGGCUGCGGAUGCGUAGUGUGGCGCCCUCCAAAGGGCACGUACGCGCAGCGGGGUCUCCCGCAAGAGGCUACGUAUGCGCAGCGGGGCUCCAUCGCGAGCUACGUAUGCGCGGCGGCCCCUCCGCCCCCAAGUGACGUAUGUGCAGCAAGGCUCCCUGAAGAGGCUCCGUACGCGCAGCGUGACCCCCCCGCCAGUUACGAAUGCACAGCGGGGUCUCCUUCGAGAGCUACCGUGAAUGCAUUUCCAUCCACGUCGGUCAGGCUGGUGUUCAGAUUGGCAAUGCCUGUUGGGAAUUGUAUUGUCUUGAACAUGGGAUCCAGCCUGAUGGAAGCAUGCCUGAUGAUAAAACUUCUGGAGGUGGAGAUGACUCAUUCAACACUUUUUUCAGCGAGACAGGAGCUGGGAAGCAUGUUCCCAGAGCAGUGUUUUUGGACCUUGAGCCAACUGUAGUUGAUGAAGUACGCACAGGCACAUACAAAGGCUUAUUCCAUCCUGAGCAGCUCAUCACUGGGAAAGAAGAUGCGGCCAAUAAUUAUGCCAGAGGCCAUUAUACCAUUGGCAAAGAGAUUGUUGAUCUGGUGCUGGACCGCACUCGCAAACUGGCUGAUCUGUGCACGGGGCUACAAGGUUUCCUUAUCUUUCAUAGUUUUGGAGGAGGCACUGGGUCAGGGUUUACAUCUCUGCUCAUGGAAAGGCUCUCUGUUGACUACGGCAGAAAAUCAAAACUAGAGUUUGCCAUUUAUCCUGCACCACAGGUUUCCACUGCUGUAGUAGAACCGUACAACUCCAUUCUCACCACCCACACAACACUGGAGCAUUCCGACUGUGCCUUUAUGGUCGAUAAUGAAGCUACUUACGAUAUCUGUCGUCGUAACCUGGACAUUGAACGUCCUACUUAUACCAAUUUAAACCGAUUAAUUGGGCAGAUUGUUUCAUCCAUCACAGCUUCGCUGCGUUUUGAUGGAGCCCUCAACGUAGACCUGGCAGAAUUUCAAACUAACCUUGUCCCCUACCCACGAAUCCAUUUCCCCCUAGUUACAUACGCCCCAAUCAUCUCUGCUGAAAAAGCCUAUCAUGAGCAGCUCUCAGUGCCUGAAAUCACCAACGCGUGCUUCGAGCCGGCCAACCAAAUGGUGAAGUGCGACCCUCGCCAUGGCAAGUACAUGGCCUGCUGCAUGUUGUACAGGGGGGACGUUGUUCCCAAAGACGUCAACGCCGCUAUCGCCACCAUCAAGACAAAACGCACCAUUCAGUUUGUGGAUUGGUGCCCAACUGGGUUCAAGGUGGGCAUCAACUACCAGCCCCCCACUGUGGUGCCGGGCGCUGACCUUGCCAAGGUGCAGCGAGCUGUCUGUAUGCUCAGCAACACGACGGCGAUUGCUGAAGCCUGGGCUCGCCUUGACCACAAAUUCGAUCUCAUGUAUGCGAAGCGUGCCUUUGUCCAUUGGUAUGUCGGGGAGGGAAUGGAGGAGGGGGAAUUUUCAGAAGCCCGGGAAGAUCUUGCUGCUCUUGAGAAAGAUUACGAAGAAGUUGGCUUGGAUUCAACUGAAGUGGAGGGAGAAGAAGGAGAUGAAUACUGAGACAACUGAAGUCUAGCAGAAGUUUAAUUGCAGAACCCUGGUCACUUGUUCAAUUGUUUUCAAAUACAGUUUUAAAGGUUGAUGAUGAAAAAUUCAACGUGCUGCUCCUGCAAGCUAAGUCUGUUUCCACAUCUCUGUCAGCUUUAUUCUUCCUGUGAGUUAGGUGCGGUGUAUUCUGCAAAUCAGAAUGGUUUAUGAAAUAGAACUCGCUUGUGUUGUUAAAAAAAGAAUUGCACAGCCCUGUUUACUUGUUUGAUUGGUUUCAAAUAAAUGUU